AUGUCAGCAAUGUCUUCCUCUACCAAAACCGUGAAGGCUCCGACUCUUACCGAACGCAUGACGGCUCUGGAACGUCUCCUGGAGGCCUCUAUGGCCUCAACCACACGCUCAAUAACUGAACUGAGGGAGGAAAUAGAUACAAAAAGUGACCAAGUUGCGUUUCUUUCAGCGGAGUUGGAGAAGCGAGACAACAUCAUCAACUCGUUGACAGCGGAUCUGAAGAAACUGAUGGAUCUCUUCUCUUCGAGUCGCGACAGGGCUGACGCGAAGACGUAUGCUGAGGCAGCUGCGACAACCAAGCCGGAUGUGAACCCACUUAUUUGCGAACUACGAAGCAGGAAGAUCGCUCGUGACCGCGAAAUCCACAAAAAGGACUUCACCGUGGUGCUGAUUGGGAUGCCAGAAGAAGCCGAAGAAGAUCUCAACAACAAGUGUAUGAAAAUACUAGAACCGGAAGGCUUCGGUGCGUCUGAUGUCGACAGUAUAUUCCGUCACGGAGAGCUCCACCCUGGCAAAGAGCGCAUUGUCAAGGUUCGACUUCAUCGCAAAGAACAUCAGGAUCGUGUGAAAAGACUUCUGGGACGGUCCGCCAUAUGCAAAUUCGCCAGAGACGAUCUCACCAUUGAUGAACUAUCCAUGGAUCGUCAACUCAGAAAGCAAUGCCGUGAAAUGAAUGAGAACUCCACCGAUGGUACCAAGUUCGUCGUCCGAGAUUUGAUGAUUUACAAGAAGAAAACGUCACAUACCUCCGGGAGCGGUAUGGUUUUCAAUGUUUCAGACGGGAAAACGGCCACACUUAACGCCAUCGAAAAUGUAGUGCAAGAGAAGAAACAAUGA